UCGGCAAAGAUGAUUGGCUGAUCUCGUUGCUAUCCUAAACAGCCAAGCGCUUGUACAACUCGCGCAUUCCAUUUUUCCUUCCUUGCUUUAUUUUCCUCUAAUUCUUUACUUCUCCUUCUCUUUACUUCUUAUUCCUCAGAUGGAUCAUAUCUAGUAUAUACCAGCUGAUCUCUCGACAUGAGCGGACAGGCGGCCAGCUAUUACCAGCAAGACCAGGUGCAACCUGCUCCUAAAGGACAAUAUAGCCACAAUCAAUCAUACAAUAAUUACAAUGGCAGGGAAGAGUACAAAAAUCCCGACUACCAGCGAGGUUUUCCGCCGCAGCAACCUCCACAACCAUAUCCAGACAAUCCACCGUCCUACGACGAGCUGUUCAAGAUUGAGAAACCCAAGUUCCAUGACAUCUGGGCGGGUCUAUUGUUCAUCGCCGUUUUCCUAGGCUACGUUGCCGUCUCGGGUAUUGCUAUCCACGAGUAUGCGAAGACUACAGGCUUCAACGGUGGAGGCAUCUAUGGCAGCAGCAACACUUUUUCACUUGAUACAAACACGCUGAUUCUAUUCAUUUUUGUGCUUUGCGUCGCACUCGCCUUAUCAUGGGCAUACUUUCUCGGCGCGCGUUACUUUACAAAGCAAUUCAUCUGGAUCACUGGUAUACUCAACUGUGUUUUCGCUAUUGGCACAGCCAUCUACUAUCUUUAUAGAAAACAAUGGGGCGCAGGCAUUGUGUUCCUCAUUUUUGGCAUCUUUGCUGUGAUCUGUUUCAUUAGCUGGAUCCCGCGCAUCCCAUUUAGUGUGGUAAUGCUGCAAACUGCCAUUGACGUGUCGCGUAACUACGGACAUGUGUUUAUCGUCAGUGCAGUCGGUGGGUUUGUGGCGAUCGCACUUUCGGCAUGGUUUUCGGUCACCUUGGUUUCGAUCUACGUUGCGUAUGAACCCAAUGGUAACGGAACGAAUCCUUCGUGUGGCCCAGGCGGCUGUAGUACUGCCAAAGUUAUUGGUCUCGUUGUUUUUGUCACUUUCGCCAUGUACUGGGUCAGUGAAUGGCUGAAGAAUACAAUUCAUACCACAAUUGCCGGGGUCUAUGGCUCAUGGUAUUUUGGAGCGGGUUCCCCUCCCAAAGGAGCGACACGGGGCGCUUUCAAGCGUGCCACCACUUACUCAUUCGGUAGCAUCAGCCUUGGAAGUCUGCUGAUUGCGCUCGUCAACAUGAUGCGACAAGCCUGUUCUAUUGCGCAGCAACAGGAAGCAGCACAGGGUAGUAUGCUUGGUAGCAUCGCUUUCUGGAUUCUCGGAUGCUUUAUUGCUUUCCUCGACUGGCUCGUGCAAUUCUUCAAUCGCUAUGCAUUCUGCCAUAUUGCACUUUACGGAAAGGCAUACGUUCCAGCAGCGAAGGAUACAUGGACGAUGAUCAAAGAUCGCGGCAUCGAUGCGCUUAUUAAUGAUUGUCUGAUCGGACCAGUUUUGAGUAUGGGCUCUGUUUUCGUCUCAUAUGUCUGUGCCUUACUGGCGUAUUUGUAUCUUGAAUUCACCCAUCCCAGUUACAACUCUACCGGCACGUUCACCGCAGUCAUCAUGGCGUAUGCCUUCGUUAUCGGGCUUCAGAUCUGUCAAAUUUUCUUGACUCCAAUUGGCAGCGGUGUCGAUACAAUCUUUGUGGCCAUGGCGUGGAACCCAGAGAUUUUGAUGCGCGAUCAUCCAGACGUUUAUCACGAAAUUGUACGACGAUAUCCGCGUGUUCAGCAAAUGAUCCAUGCUUGAUCUUCACAGCGCAUACGAUGAAGUGGUGUUGUUAUGACUAUUGUUUAUUUGAUACCCUUCUUACCAAGACUCAUGUCCAAUGAGUCCCGUUAAUACUGUUUAUGUUGGUCGUUUGAGCAGUCUCGACCUGUGCGAGAUAUCUCAAGCUUGGACGAUAGCUGUACUUAGGACUCAAAUAGGAACUCAUAUUCUUCUUUCCC